GGCGGGAGGCUCGGCGGGCUCGGCUCCCCCGGCUGCUCCGUGUGCUUGCGGGGGGGAGCCGGAGCUGCCGGCUUCUCCUCCGGUUUAACCCGUGCAGUAGGAAAAUGGGGAAGGUGUGCGGGGGCAUCCCCCCGCGGGCGGGAGCAUGAAUCAGUGUCGGGGAGAUUCUCCUCAGCUGUGAGGAAGCCCCUGCUCCCGCCCCCGCCGCAGCCCCGCUGGCGCGGAGCGGCCUGUGGCGAUACCGAGGUGAACGCCGGCUGUGGAGCGGGAGCUGCAGCUGCUGGUACUGGAAGCUUGAUUGCUCGCCUCAGUAUUCCCCUAUAGAAGACCAAUUGCUGACCUUGUACUUGUGUGUUACAUCCUCGAAAGGCUGCCCCGGUGUGAAACGGCGUGCUCAGCCGUCGGCGCGGGUGCGGAGGGGUGCAGCGUGCUGCAUCACCGGCGCUGUUCUCUCUGCGUGUUUCUGUGAUUCAGUGCACGAUGCCAACCAGGAACUGUGGAAUUCAAGGUCUUUGAGAUCCAGAUCUGCCUCUCAAGCUGCUUUUGGCUGCUCUGGCGAACGUGCCGCGAUCCUUCGCAGUCCCCCUGCUGCAGACGGAGCUCUGAGAGCAAGGCAUGAGAAGUGCCAGGGCUCGCCGCUGUCCCUCCUGCCGUCGCCCAGCGGAUCUCUGAGCAGCAGCAGAGGAGAACUGCAAACAACAAAGAAAUAGAAGCCAUUACCCGACCUUGUUCGGAGAGAACACUAAAUAUGGCACAGCACAGUAUUGCCCUUGGAUUAUUCAUGAUGGCUGUUUUAUCGCUCUUGGAUGGAAGUUCAGCUUUCCUGUUAAAUCAGCGGCUGAAGGGAAGGUAUCAAAGAGACCGCAGAAACAUCCGCCCAAACAUCAUCCUUGUUCUUACUGACGAUCAGGAUGUAGAACUUGGUUCUAUGCAAGUGAUGAAUAAAACAAGGCGGAUCAUGGAACAUGGAGGCGCUCACUUCAUCAAUGCCUUCGUCACAACGCCCAUGUGCUGCCCUUCCCGCUCCUCCAUUCUCACGGGGAAGUACGUCCACAACCACAACACCUACACGAACAACGAGAACUGUUCUUCUCCAUCCUGGCAGGCGCAGCACGAAAUCCGUACGUUUGCGGUGUACCUCAACAACACGGGAUACCGGACGGCUUUCUUUGGGAAGUACCUCAAUGAAUACAAUGGUUCCUAUGUGCCCCCUGGCUGGAAGGAAUGGGUCGGAUUGCUUAAAAACUCUCGGUUUUACAACUACACACUCUGUAGAAAUGGAGUGAAGGAGAAGCAUGGAUUCGACUACUCCAGGGAUUACCUGACGGAUCUGAUUACCAAUGACAGCAUCACCUUCUUCAGGAUCUCCAAGAAGAUGUAUCCGCACAGGCCCGUGCUGAUGGUGAUAAGCCACGCUGCUCCCCACGGCCCGGAAGAUUCGGCCCCUCAGUACUCGCAUCUCUUUCCUAACGCCUCCCAGCACAUCACUCCCAGUUAUAACUACGCUCCAAACCCAGACAAGCACUGGAUAAUGCGGUAUACGGGUCCCAUGAAGCCCAUACACAUGGAGUUCACUAACAUGCUGCAGAGGAAGCGCCUUCAAACACUCAUGUCCGUGGACGACUCCAUGGAGAUGAUUUACAAUACGUUGGUUGAAACAGGUGAACUGGACAAUACGUAUAUCAUAUACACAGCAGACCACGGGUAUCACAUUGGGCAGUUCGGGCUGGUGAAGGGCAAGUCCAUGCCAUACGAGUUUGAUAUCAGAGUUCCUUUCUAUGUCCGAGGUCCAAAUGUGGAGGCUGGAUCCCUGAAUCCUCACAUUGUGCUGAAUAUUGACCUCGCACCUACAAUUCUAGAUAUUGCUGGGUUGGAUAUUCCAUCUGACAUGGAUGGUAAAUCCAUUCUAAAGCUUCUGGAUUCAGAGAGACCAGUGAAUAGAUUCCAUUUAAAGAAAAAGAUGAAGAUGUGGAGAGACUCAUUCCUAGUGGAAAGAGGUAAACUGCUGCAUAAGAGGGAGAAUGAGAAGGUAGAUGCCCAAGAAGAAAACUUUCUACCCAAAUACCAGCGUGUGAAAGACCUUUGUCAGCGAGCUGAGUAUCAAACAGCUUGUGAACAGCUCGGGCAGAAAUGGCAGUGCGUGGAAGAUGCCAGCGGGAAGCUCAAGCUGCACAAGUGCAAGGGAAUGGCGAACCUGGCAGCUGCGGGCAACAGCAAAGGCACCUCCAAUAUUUUGCCCAAGUAUUACAACAGGAAUAGCGAAGACUGCAAUUGUGAAGAGAAUGAAUACAAGCUGAGCCACGCUGGACGGAGGAAGAAACUCUUCUCCAAGAAAAAAUACAAACCAAGCUAUGUCCGGAAUCGCUCCAUCCGUUCUGUGUCUGUCGAGCUGGAUGGAGCCAUUUAUAACUUGGGUUUGGAGGAUGGCUACCAGCCUGUCUCGCUGAGAAACGUCACCAAGCGGCACGCGAUGGAGAGGGAGGAGGACGAGAAGGACACGGGGGAGUACAGUGGGACUGGUGGCAUUGCAGAGUAUACGGCCCCCAACCUGAUAAAAGUGACUCACAGGUGCUAUAUCCUGGAGAACGACACGGUUCAGUGCGACACCGAUCUGUACCGAUCUCUGCAAGCCUGGAAGGACCAUAAACUGCACAUUGACCACGAGAUUGAAACUUUGCAAAAUAAAAUAAAAAACCUGAGGGAGGUGAGAGGUCAUCUGAAGAAGAAGCGGCCUGAGGAGUGCGACUGUCACAAGCUCAGUUACCAUUCAAAACACAGGAGCAAACUGAGGCACAAGGGAUCCAGUCUUCAUCCUUUCAAGAAAGCCCUACAGGAGAAGGACAGGCUGUGGCUGCUCAGAGAGCAACGGCGGAAGAAGAAGCUGCGCAAACUGCUGAAGAGAAUAAAGAACAAUGACACGUGCAGCAUGCCCGGUCUGACCUGCUUCACCCACGACAACCAGCACUGGCAAACCGCUCCGCUCUGGACACUGGGCCCUUUCUGUGCCUGUACCAGCGCCAACAACAACACGUACUGGUGUCUGAGGACAAUCAACGAGACCCACAACUUCUUGUUUUGUGAAUUUGCUACUGGAUUUUUGGAGUAUUUUGAUCUCAAUACCGAUCCAUAUCAGCUGAUUAAUGCGGUGAAUACGCUCGAUAGAGACGUUCUCAAUCAACUGCACGUCCAGCUCAUGGAACUAAGAAGCUGCAAAGGGCAUAAACAGUGCAACCCAAGAACCAGGAGCAUGGAUUUGGGACUUAAAGAUGGAAGCUACGAGCAAUACAGGCAGUUUCAGCGUCGAAAGUGGCCAGACGUGAGGAGACCAUCGUCUGCCAAGUCACUAGGACAACUGUGGGAAGGAUGGGAGGGCUAAGCCCCCCCGGCCGCCGCUCCACGAGGACACAAACCGCCAGCACCUGAGUCCAUGUACAGACCGAAUGGAGCCGUGUUUGACCUCGGAAGGAAGGACACUGGCAGCCGGAGGGCUGGGUAAACUUUGAGGCUGAAAUAGAUAGAAUGUUUGCACUGGUGAGUGAAUUAAAUAGAUGCAAUGAAAUCUGGGAAACGCUGUCAAAAUUACAGGUCUCUGAAAUCCACUAUUGUACCUGCUUUUUGCUUUGGAUGAUACCUCACCUGCUCCACAAUGCAUUUUGCUCCAAGGACAGCACUGACAGCCCGGGCCAGGGCAGAGCAGAGCAGAGCAGAGCGCGCACGGACAGCGAGGCCGCGACCGCCCCGGGCUCAGCUGUGCCUCAUGUCGUGGGCAGGACGGCAGAGCCAGGUGGAGCGCUGAAGCGACACUGAGCUCACGUGGACGCUUUUGCUUCUAUCUGGGGUAAAGGUAAUGGUGGAAAAGAGCUUGCCAGAGACUCGGGAGCUGAAGCGAGCAGCGUGGGGCGUUCUCAGCACCGGGAUGUUCCUCGGCUUUCCUCCGAGGACACGUUCUAGUUCCACGUCUGCGUGUCCAUCCUAGGGACACCUCUAGGAAAAUCAGAGAAAAUCUUCACUAACAGGACGCCAGAUUCUUGGAGGGGUUAUGUAAAUAGUGAUCAAUAUACUGUUUGAAAACCGAUUCCUUCAGGUUGUGAAGAUUUUUGUUAAUAAAAAGAGUGGAAUGCCCACA